GGGGGUGCACAGUAAAUUCAUAUGCAACCUGUUAGGAUAGGCUGCCCAGUUUGGGCCCUCUACAACCGCAAACACAAGAACAUUUGCCACAUCGACUUUUGUCGUCAAAACAUCUCUGAACCGAGCUGGACGUUUGCCUGCAGCAAGUCCCACGCCUGCCCCACAGCACCUGACGCCUGUUUCCUUCACCCCACGGUCCUCAUGGACAGCCAUCUUGAGAACGGCUUGGGAGCCCUGAAUGGCGUGGAAGAUCAGCUGCGAAUCCCGGCAGGCUCUGAGACUGGCUCAGAAGAGGGUGAGGCGAAGCGGCCUGUGGCCCUGUGGACUGUAGCGGAGGUGUGCUCAUGGCUGAGCAGUGGGGCAUGGGGGAGGCCCCUGCUGCAGGCAGCAAACAGCCACGCCAUCUCCGGGAAGGUGCUGCUGCGGCUGACGGAUGAGACGCUGGAGCGCAUGGGUGUAGCGCCCUGGAGCCUGCGCCAGGAGCUUCUGCACCAGGUUCUCCGUCUCCGCAUUCAGCAGGAAAUGGAAGACUUGCUGGACAUUACGGAUGAGUGACCCAGGGAAGUCUGCAGCUGAAUGGGAACAAGGGGACAGGAGCAGCCUGCCUGGGACACGCUCCAGCGCCAGCCCUGACUUACAGCUGAGCCUCCAGCAAGACUGCAGAGCGCCAAGGACUGAAGGGAGGAAGAGGCAACUUGGAGAGUGUCCUUGCACUCGGGUCCUGCUUGCGGGCUUCCCAUUGGGGGCACCUGGUUGGCCACUGUGAGAACAGGAUGCUGGGCUAGAUGGGCCACUGGCCUGAUCCAGCUUCAGGCUCUUCUUAUGUCCUUAUGAGGUUGGCGCUCACAAUUGCAGUGAUGGGCAACAGCCACGUUUCAGAGCAAAAUGGGGAUUUACCUGGGAAAGAAGACUGUCCCUCACUCUGCUAUGAAAAGAGGUCUCUGAUAACUCCUACCCAAAAAGGACAGGUGAGUCAUGAGGGCUGCACCUCAGUGGAAGAGAAUCUGCUUUGGUUGUAAAAGGUCCCAGGCUCAACCCCCGGCUUUUCCAGGGCUCGCAGAGUUCUCUGCAUGAAAUCCUACAGAGCAGCUGCCAGUCAGUGCAGAAGGCAGCUGCCUGUGAUCCCAGAUGUGGGGCCCAUCAGCAGCCCAUUCGUUCUGUACCGUUACCUGGUUGAAUGUUGUUAAGACUCUUGGGAGAGUGUUCAGGACCCCCAAUUCUUUUGAAAGCAACCUGUCACUGAGGAAGGACUUCUGAAUUAUUAAAUCCAUAAUAAAAUAACACCCAAGUACCUUUCUUGUGCAUUUCUUAUCAGUCUUCCAUUUCAUUUGCCUCUCUUAAUA